GUUCACCUGGCUCAUCGGGAACAAGUGGCAUUGUACGUGGACCUAGAUGACGUUGCUGAAGAUGACCCGGAGUUGGUCGACUCGAUUUGCGAGAAUGCCAAGCGCUACUCCAGGCUGUUUGCUGAUGUUGUACAAGAGCUUUUGCCUGACUAUAAGGAGAAGGAGGUGGUGAAUAAAGAUGUCCUGGAUGUCUACAUUGAGCACAGACUGAUGAUGGAGCAGCGGAGCAGAGACCCUGGGGCGGUCCGGAACCCACAGAACCAGUAUCCUUCUGAGCUCAUGCGUCGAUUUGAGUUGUAUUUCCAAGGCCCGAGUAGCAGCAAGCCCCGAGUGAUCCGGGAAGUACGGGCUGAUUCUGUGGGGAAAUUGUUAACUGUGCGUGGGAUUGUCACUCGUGUGUCUGAAGUCAAACCCAGGAUGGUGGUAGCCACAUACACUUGUGACCAGUGUGGGGCAGAGACCUACCAGCCGAUCCAGUCUCCCACCUUCAUGCCUCUGAUCAUGUGUCCCAGCCAGGAGUGCCAAACCAACCGCUCAGGAGGGCGGCUAUACCUGCAGACUCGUGGCUCCAAAUUUAUUAAAUUCCAGGAAAUGAAGAUUCAGGAACAUAGUGACCAAGUUCCUGUGGGAAACAUCCCUCGUAGCAUCACUGUGGUUUUAGAAGGAGAGAACACAAGGAUUGCCCAGCCUGGUGACCACGUCAGUGUCACCGGUAUCUUCUUGCCAGUCCUGCGCACAGGGUUUCAACAGAUGGCACAGGGCUUACUCUCAGAGACCUUCCUGGAAGCCCAUCGGAUCGUGAAGAUGACGAAGAGUGAGGACGAUGCAUCGGGGGCCGGAGAGCUCAGCAGGGAGGAGCUGAGGCAGAUUACAGAGGAGGAUUUCUAUGAGAAGCUGGCUGCCUCUAUUGCUCCUGAGAUCUAUGGUCACGAAGACGUGAAGAAGGCGCUGUUGCUGCUCCUGGUGGGUGGCGUGGACCAGUCUCCUCAAGGCAUGAAGAUAAGGGGAAACAUCCACAUCUGCCUUAUGGGAGAUCCUGGCGUGGCCAAAUCUCAGCUCCUGUCUUACAUUGAUCGUCUGGCCCCCCGAAGUCAGUAUACCACAGGCCGGGGCUCCUCUGGAGUAGGGCUCACAGCAGCUGUCCUGAGAGACUCUGUGAGUGGGGAACUGACCUUAGAGGGUGGUGCCCUGGUGCUGGCUGACCAGGGCGUGUGCUGCAUUGAUGAGUUUGACAAGAUGGCGGAAGCUGACCGCACGGCCAUCCAUGAGGUCAUGGAGCAGCAGACCAUCUCCAUUGCCAAGGCAGGCAUUCUCACCACACUCAAUGCCCGCUGCUCUAUCCUGGCUGCUGCCAACCCUGCCUAUGGGCGGUACAACCCCCGCCGCAGUCUGGAGCAGAACAUACAGCUUCCUGCUGCUCUGCUUUCCCGAUUCGACCUCCUCUGGCUGAUUCAGGACCGGCCUGACCGUGACAAUGAUCUCCGGUUGGCCCAGCACAUCACCUAUGUCCACCAGCACAGCCGGCAGCCCCCAGCCCAGUUUGAACCUUUGAACAUGAAACUAAUGAGACGGUACAUAGCCAUGUGUCAAGAGAGGCAGCCCACGGUGCCCGAGUCUCUGGCUGACUACAUCACAGCAGCAUAUGUGGAGAUGAGGCGAGAGGCCCGGGCCAGUAAGGAUGCCACCUAUACUUCUGCCCGGACUCUGCUGGCCAUUCUCCGGCUUUCCACUGCUCUGGCUCGCCUGCGGAUGGUGGACACUGUGGAGAAGGAAGAUGUGAACGAAGCCAUGAGGCUGAUGGAGAUGUCAAAGGACUCCCUUCUGGGGGAAAAGGCACAGACAGCUAGGACCCAGAGGCCAGCAGAUAUGAUAUUUGCUACAGUGCGUGAGUUGGUCUCAGGCGGGCGAAGUGUCCGGUUUUCUGACGCUGAACAGCGCUGCAUAUCACGUGGCUUCACACCAGCCCAAUUCCAGGCAGCACUGGAUGAAUAUGAAGAGCUAAACGUCUGGCAGGUCAACACCUCCCGGACGCAGAUCACCUUUGUCUGAUAGCCAAGCU